AUGCUCCUCUCUCGCUCACUCUUCCUCCCUAUCUCCUCCAACAAUGUAGAUAUAGGAUUUCGAUUGGAAGAAAAAGUUCACCAUGUCAAAAGAUCAGAUUUCCCACCGGGGUUUAUAUUCGGUGCAGGCAGUUCCGCCUACCAAGUUGAAGGAGCUUAUCUUGAGGAUAUGAAAUCCUUAAGCAACUGGGAUGUAUUUUGUCAUUCUAUAGGUUGUGGAGAAAACGGAGAGAAUGGAGAUAGUGCAGAUUGUCAUUAUCAUCUAUUUUUGAAAGAUAUUGAGAUAAUGCAUUCCCUUGGCCUAAAAGCAUACCGAUUUUCGAUUUCAUGGGCUAGAAUUCUUCCAAGAGGAAGAUUUGGUGAAGUUAAUAUUGCAGGGAUCAUGUUCUAUGACAAGAUCAUAGACAAUCUAAUUCUCAAAGGAAUUGAGCCGUUUGUGACGAUUCAUCAUUAUGAUUUUCCGCAAGAACUUGAAGAUAGAUAUGGAUCUUGGCUAAAUCCUGAAAUGCAGGAAGACUUUGUACAUCUGGCAGAUAUUUGUUUCAAGUAUUUUGGAGACCGAGUAAAGUAUUGGACUACAAUAAACGAACCAAACCUGUUCACAGAUUUAGCUUAUAGGUGGGGGAUUUAUCCACCCUCUCGUUGCUCAGAGUUUUUUGGCAACUGUCGUACCGGAAAUUCUGACGUUGAGCCUCUCAUUGUUAUGCAUAACCUGGUAUUGGCCCAUGGCAAAGCAGCAAAGCUAUAUCGUCAAAAGUACAAGGUUAAACAAGCUGGAUUAGUCGGGAUUGUUGUAAAUUGUCCCACGUUCAUACCAUUAACAAACAGUGAGCUUGAUAUUGGGGCCGUUAAAAGAGCGUUUGCUUUCCAAAUUGGCUGGGUACUUGAUCCCUUGAUAUAUGGAGAGUAUCCCGUAGAAAUGGUUAAGUACCUUGGAAGUGAUUUACCAAGUUUCUCUAUCAAAGAAAAGAACAUUGUGAAGAAUAGUCUGGAUUUUAUUGGUAUAAACCAUUACUCAGCUAUAUAUACUAAAGAUUGUACAAACUCUACUUGCUCUCCAAUUGCAAAUCGUCCGAUCCAAGGUUUCUUUGACACUGUGGCAGAGCGCGAUGGUGUGUUGAUCGGUGAACCUACUGGGGUAGAAGAUACAUAUGUUUUUCCUCAAGGGAUGGAGGAGAUUGUUAACCAAAAUCAAGUUUCGCUACAAAAAUAAACCCAUGUUUAUUACAGAAAAUGGUUAUUCUUCACCCGAUCUGCAAGAGAAACGAGUAAAUGUAAUUUUAAAUGACGUGAAACGAGUUAAAUUCCAUUUAGAAUACCUUGAAUUUUUAGCGAAAUCUAUAAGAGAAGGAGCAGAUGUACGCGGAUAUUUCGUAUGGUCCGUAAUGGAUAACUAUGAAUGGAUGAGCGGUUACAAUGUAAAGUUCGGGUUAUAUUAUGUGGACCGUGAAACACAAACACGAAAACCAAAGCUUUCUGCAAGAUGGUAUAAGAGUUUUUUAAGAAAAAACACUACUGAUCUUGUCAAUAUUAAAUCGUAUAUAUAAAAUAUUUGAUGCAAAGUUUAUAUGUUGGGUUGAUAAUACAGUUAAUAAAUGAAUGUAUUAAUCAGCUUUAGUAUGUUAACAGUAAGAUGAAAGAAAUAUCACUAUUAUGCAGUAAGAUUGUCUAAUUAGCGCCUCUAUGUUUACCCA